CGAGGAGUCGUAGCCGUCAACAGCCAAUCAGGAGCUUCACAGGUCAUGUUCAUCUUGUCGUUGUGGAGGUGAAGUGCGGACGUGCUGUUUCUUCAGUCCUAAUAUCAGCAGCGAAAAAGAAGGGUGUCGAUUGCGAAAAGGACGGAGGACAGGAAAGAAAUGGAGAGUACUUUGUGAAAUUAAAAGUUAAGCCGUUUACUAACUUGCUGAGAGUCCGGAGCUGAGUGAGUGAAUGAAGGGGACGAGUUACGUCGGUCAGGUUUCUGAGAGGAUGGGAAAGUUUGAGGACCAGGACAAGAUCCCAACUGUAUUUGAUGGCGAGCCAUCAACCCUGAAGGAAAAGACGCAGACAAGGAAAUACAGAGUAAGAGCAGAAGACCAGAUGAAACAAAGUGACCUCAACGCUGAGAGGAGAAAGAGAAAAUGACAGAUAUUAUGGUCUUCAAAUUGUCAUCCUGAAUGGAUUUCCUACAUCACUGGAAUUGUCAACUCCAUUUCUCCAUCAACAGAGGCAACAGUAAAGAUGUGUGACCCAAUUCAUGUUGCUGUUUGCUCUGACUCAUCAGAAAGUAACGAGCAGAAUGUUUUCUGCAACCCUGCCUAUGAGCUGGAAGGACAAGGACUGGAAAGCUUCAAGACUCUGCCACCCUCUGCCAGUCCUGGACCUGUUGGUCAACCUGUAGCUGGCCUUUGCUGUGGUCUGUCACCAGUGUGUGUCCUACAUCAGAAGGUCACAGAACGCAGCUGUAAAUUGUUGCUAAUGUCUGCAGCUCUUUUGUUCCUGUUAGCAACUCUUGGAUCGGCAUUGACCCAUUUGUUUUUACAGAUGACAAGUCUGAGAGUGAAGGGUCAGACACUGGUGAUCAACCAUCCACACCUAUUAAACUCUGAAGGGAAUUCCACUGUCUUACCUGCUGGGCCUCCCAACAUCAGUGAAUGGAACAACACAGCUACAUCACAGCCUUCAGGUUGUGGAGGAUUACUGAGUGACCCUGAAGGCAGCUUCAGUUCUCCAAACCAUCCAGGCUACUAUCCCCACAAUUUACUCUGCACGUGGGUUAUCCAUGUCCUACCACCAGCCCUGGUGCAGAUCCGUGUAUCCUAUUUGAACAUGGAGGGACCCCAGCCGUGCCUGUUUGAUUGGCUGGAAGUGCAGGAGCAGACGGAGCAAGGCUCCAGGUCACUCAGAUUUUGUGGUAACGUUGCACCAGCAACUGUUAACACCAACAGCAGCACAGUCUGGGUAACCUUCCACUCCGAUGGCAGCAUCACAAGCGGCGGUUUCACAGUUCAGUACAGGGCCGUACUGCCUGGACAGAAAAGCUGCUACAAACAGGAGUUAAUGUGUGACAGUGGUCUGUGUCUGCUUCCUGUGUCUGUGUGUGAUGGUCGACCAAAUUGCCACGAUCAAACAGAUGAGGCAAACUGCAACCAUGAAUACAUUGAAUGUGGUGGGCAGAAGUCAGGUCCUCAUGGUUCCCUGUCAAGUCCAAAUCAUCCAAAACCUUAUCCUAACCACGAGUUGUGUAUAUGGUAUAUAACUGUUGAAGAAGGUCAAGUCAUUACACUGAGCUUCAGGAACUUUAGCCUGGAAACUCAGGAUGUGUGUGACUUUGACUACGUGGAGGUGUACGAUAGUUAUGAUACUGGCUCUGGACGAAUCCUGGGACGGUUUUGUGGGAGCACCUCUCCCCCAGACCUGACCUCCUCUGGCCCCCAUAUGACGGUGGUGUUUGUGGCUGAUGAUGAAGUCACUGAUAGUGGCUUCACUGUAACUUACCAGGCUUCGUCUGUAGGGCAGAAGACUUGUAGCCCCAACCAGUUUGUAUGUAGCACAGGGGAGUGUCUCCAGCCAAACUGGCUGUGUGAUGGAUGGAACGACUGUCCUGACAGAGAAGAUGAAGAGAACUGUGGAAACUCCACCAACCCAUCUUUAACUUCUUCCUGUGAGUUGAUAGCUGUCAGUAUGUGUCAGGGCCUCAACUACAACGUCACCUCAUUACCAAACAUCUGGCUGUCCAUCACCGAUCAGAAAGAAGCUGCCACACUUUUGCAACAGUACCAGGUUCUGAUGGAGCUGCCUUGCUUUGCCCCCCUGCAGAGACUCGUAUGUGGAAUAUUCCUGCCAGAGUGUGUUCCCCAAGGUGGCGUCCUUUAUCCCUGCCGCUCAGUCUGUUCCACAGCUCAGGCACAAUGCAGUCACACACUGGAGCGCUUGUCUUUCAGCUGGCCCUUCAACUGCGACCUCCUUCCAGACUCUGAGGACCAAAUGGAUUGCUCCCUACCCUGAUAUUCUUCACUGUAGUAUCUCAUAUGGUAAUGUUAUCAACAGUAAGAAAACACACAUGAAACUUCUUAUAUAACAUUCACAGGACUGGGCUCUCUUGACCGACGGUGUCACAAUGUGUGUAGAAAAUCUGUGGAAAAAAAUUACACAACACACCUUUAGGACAAAUGAUGCUAUGCAUUAUAUUUAAAUUAUAUUUGAAAAAUAUAUUAUAAAGUUUCUAGUGUUGAUGGACCUUUUAUCUUAUCUGGGCAGCUGUAAUUGAAUGUCUUUGCCCCUCCUUAGUAAAUAUAGACUAUUGGGUAUAUAGUUAGCACUUUAAUAUUACCUAGUUAUUUCAACUGGCCUGGUUAUCACCAGAUUAUGGCUGAAACAUGCCCGGCUCCAAUAUCUUGCAAUGACUGUCAAAUUCCAGCAGAGCUCGCCAUUAAGCCAUAGAUUACACAUUCAACGAGCGUUAUUCCGCCAUUUUUAAGAGCACUUCAGUGCCAGUGUUUUCAAUACAUGUUGUUGUAUUUGAACACUUUUUUUAGUUUAGUUUAAAUAUAAAAUAAAGAUGUUUCAGGUAAAACUCGAGGUGGUACUCCUGACAGUCUAGACGUGCAAAAAUCAAUAUUUAUAUGUUGUUGAUUAUUGACUUUUAUAAACUACACGUUAUCAAGAAGAAUGCCAAUAAUAACAAUGCUACUAUUCCUAAAUGUGUUGUAUUUAACCCUGCUAUUGAUGAACGUGCCGUUAAUAAGUAUAUUUUAUUUUGCUAUUAACAGUGCUAUUUACAUUAAAUCAUUUUCUGCUUCUUA